UGGCCAUGACAGGAUCGUGUGCUUGAGAGUGCAGCUUUUAAAGGUCUUAAGGUGUGCAACAGUACGGGGUUGGUGUUAUCGAAAUCCAAAUAUAUUAUCUCACAAAUACACAGAGCAACAUCCUGUUUCAAGUCAGUCGUCCUUCCAUAUGUGACCAAGACACUGGAAGCGUACGCCUGGAUUAGUCAACAUGCAAAAGACAGGAGUGCAUUUGUGCAUUCUGAUCUGGAUUCUCCAGCUCAACUUUUCAGGAGCCCAACUUGUCCAGAGAGUCAGCCCUAAACUGGGUAGCAUAAAUGGAGCAACACGGCUGACGAUUGAAGGACAAGGUUUUGCGCAGAAGAGUCAGUUCAGUUUUGAUGCCAGCAACCCAGACAUUGGCAACACUGUGACUUUGGUGUCCAGGACCACAUCAUUUCCCUGCGAUGUAGAGAAAGACGCCACCCUUUCCACCAAAAUCACAUGCUACACGAGACCAAUGCCACAAGAUAAUUACAUGCUCAUUGUCAAAGUGGAUGGUGUUCCCAUUCCCACUAGUGAAAUGUGCAGAGGAAAUCCAUGGAAUUAUCAAUGUAUAUUCUAUACUCGUUCGUACAGGACACCUUCCAUCCAGUAUAUCACCCCUCUAACUGGUCUUCCAGGCACUGUAGUUACUCUCCGUGGGAGAAUUUUUACUGAUGUAUAUGGCAGCAACACAGCAACAAGCUCCAAUGGGCUUGAUGUAAGAUUUCUAAGAGCAUAUAUGGGUGGAAUGCCAUGUGAUCUUUUGAUACCUAACUCAGACACACUGUAUGGCUUGACUUUGCUUUCUAACACAAGCACCUGGGGAUACAUGAGCUGUAAAGUGACUGGAACGUAUGUGGGACAUCACAACCUCAGCUACAUUCUUGACAGUGAUUACGGAAGGAGCUUGCCAGACUUCAAGGUCUACUAUGUGUCAGCACUGAAUAAGCUUGCAAUGUUUCAAACAUAUGCAGAGGUUACUGGAGUGUACCCUUCUCAGGGGAGUAUGCUUGGUGGCACCUUGCUCACAAUUCAGGGGAACCACUUUGAUGAGACAGAUUGUCCGGCAAUGGUUUUAGUGGGAGGUCAAGAGUGCACUGUACAGAAUGUAACAGAUAAGACAAUCAUUUGCGCAACUCCGGCAGAUGAAUGGAGCAACAUGACACUGUUUCCAGGUGGCAGGGGGUUGAAAAUGGAGAUAUGGAAUAACAGCAGACCACAGCGUUUAGAGGAGGUUCUAAGCUAUACCUCCAAUCAGCCGGAGUACUCAGUCCAGUGGGUGGACUCCUUGUCCUAUGUGUGGCCCUUAGAAUUGAAAUAUUUUGUGGCUCGACUCAGCGGCUUUUUUGUUCCCAUGGAGACUGACAACUACUAUUUUCUAGUUAAAGCAGAUGACCUAGUUCAGCUGUAUUUCAGUAAAACAGGCCAGCCAGAAGAUAAGGUCAUGAUUGCAUAUAAUACAAGGUGGACCAAUAGUUUCUACCACAGUCCAACACAGAAGUCUGAAGUCAUGAGGCUGGAGAGCGGAAAGCCGUACUACAUUGAGGUCUUGUGUCAAGAUUAUGGACAUAUUGCCUCAGUUGAUGUGGGAUUUUACAAAGAGAAAAGCACUUUUACUGCUCAGCAGACUGUCGAUGCUGUUAAUGAGAUACAAGUUAUAAACGCCAGCUACGACGUGCUGGAUGAGAUUCAGAUGAUUGCUUUUAAGGGCUGGAGCACAGUGACACCAGUCCAGGAGGUGCAAACAGUGACUAUAAGCAGUAACUGCUUUUCUCUUGGCAGUUGUGACUACACCUAUUAUGGUCUUGUCUACGGAGCGAGCAAAACAGGGCUGAUUCCGGUCAGUGCACCUGCUCAAGUGGUACAGGCUGAACUGAAUGCUCUUUGGUCCAUUAAACCAGACACAGUCAGUGUCACAAAGCAGCAGCUGGGCGAACAGUCACAGUACACCAUCACUUUCAUUUCUAACAGAGGUGACUUUCAGGAUCUUCAGUACUGGACAAAUGGAGCAAACGUGAACAUCACCAUUACAGAGAAGACGAAAGGAAAAGCAGAUUUGAAAAAUUUCACACUGGUGUGGGGAGGAAUCCCAUCCAGCCCUCUACCUUACAAUGCAUCUGUGACUGAGGUGACCACUGCACUGAAGGCCAUGGUAUCUGCUGAUUGCCCCAAGGAGCUGUUAAAUGUGGAAAAUUCUGCUGUUAAAUAUUUCAGAGACUAUGAGACUAACAUUACUGGGUUUACAGGCGAUGUGAGCUUGAGAGGGACGAGGGUCUCUGACACCGAGGCUUUCUGUGGAUGUUGGUGUCUGAUGAACCCAACCCUUCUGUUUAAAUCAGAUGAUGUGACUGUGUCCGGAGCAACAUAUGGGCCUGUGUCCCUUCAGCAGUAUGGCACACUCUGCUUUGCAUACAAAGGACACCCAAAGAAUGGAUUGGAAUUGGUGUUUACGUACAAGAAUAGUUUAGGAGCUGUUUCCCAACAGACCACUGUAAUCUCCGCAUUGUUUGAACCAGGGGAUGUAUGGAAAUAUAUGUGCGUAGACCUUUUAUCUGGUCUGCAGAGAAGCUACCCGGGUAGUAACUACCAACUUCUUCAAGUAUGUAUGUACAAAGGCACAGGAGAUUACUACAUAGACACAGUUCAGCUUGGGAAAACGGCCACUGUGAGCGACCCAAAAGUUGCUAUAAUGAAGAGAAGACCUCCGGCUCUGGCUGAUUCUGGUCAAUUUAUUGAGAAGCUCUCAGUGCAGAAGUUGUCCAAUUCAUCUGAUAUCUGCUACACAAUCACUGUCUCUCCAUAUAACUGUGGCUUUGAUUUCCCUCUACUAGAGAUCGGCUUCCUCCAGCAAAUAAACACCAGUAAGGACAUGCUAGUACUGGCUCAGGGCGCUACCACUGUCACUGUGACACGCUUGCAACAUGCCAGUCCUCCUCUCAGCGGCACCUUCAGCAUUGGGAUCUUCGGCCAGACGGUGAAAGAUCUGUCUGUAAACAUCAGUGCAGACGACCUGAAAUAUGCUCUGCAAGGCAUUCCAGACCUGGGCCUGCUGAGUGUAAAUAGUAUAGCGGACUGUAAAGGCUACCUUUGGGAAAUUACUUGGCUCACCAUACCAGGAAAGCAACCCCUACUGCAGAUCAAUGACUCUGCUGUAGUAGGUGUGGACCCCUCUGUGAAAGCUCAGGUUAAGCAGCAAGGAGGCCUUCUGAAGCAAAGCAUUAUGGGAGAUUCCCUGCGUGUGCCUAUAAAUAAAACACAGGUGCAAGUUUUUAUCAAUGGCAUCCCAUCAAAAUGUUCAGGUGACUGUGGCUUUACAUGGACUGAAUCCAAGACCCCAAUUGUAACAGGCAUCUCCCCAAUGCAAGGAGCCAGUGCUUUAGAAACUGUUGUCACCAUCUCAGGAUCAGGAUUUGCUGAGAAAAAUGCUAUAGUACAGAUUGGAGAUGUCCAAUGCUCAGUUCUCCAGGUUACAAAUACAUCACUAACCUGCAAUGUAGGCCCUGCAUGUGCUGGAUUGUACCCAGUCACUGUGAGUUUCCCUACAUUGGGUAAUGCACGCAAUAAUGGUGGUAACGUUUUCAACUUCACCUACCAGAUGGGGGUGACCUCCAUAGCACCCACUGCAGGCAGUGUUACUGGGGGCACAAUCCUGACCAUUUCUGGUUAUGGAUUCAGCCAGAACACCACAGCUACUAUUGGGAGUGCUCAGUGUGAUGUAAUUGAUGUGAACCUCAACCAGCUCUUGUGCACUGUUCCUGCUGGAUCAGCAGGAGCAAAAGCAGUGACCCUGGAAAUGGGAAACAUUCAGGUCACAUCUCCGAACUCUUUCACAUAUGACACCACCCUGACAGCCACAAUUACUGGAGUGAGCCCACAAACUACAACGGUGUUUGGAAACAGAGUUCUCUCCAUCGUGGGUACAAACUUUGGUGACCAGAUCAACGGCAGCUCAGUUCUCACUGGUGGUGUAAUGUGUGAGGUGCAGCAGUGGACCAAUACUAAGAUUACUUGCCUGUUACCAACACUUCCCCCUGGGCUGUAUGGCAUCAAAGUUAUAUUGGGGAACCAGGGCUACCCCCUAAUCAGUUCUGGUGUGAACGCCACCAUAGAGUACAUCUUACAUGUGACAGGUGUCAACCCACAGCACGGCUCUCUCUAUGGUGGAACCACAGUAACCAUCACAGGUUCUGGAUUCAGCCCUGUUCUGGAAGACAAUAAAGUUACAAUCGGUGACAUGCGCUGCAAUGUGGCUGCUGCCUCAAACAAUCAGCUGCAAUGUGUGACCCAAUUGGAGAAGCAAACAUAUAACGUUACAAACAAAGGCUUCGACCCAAUCUAUGGUCAGGGGUAUUCCUGGAGCCCAGCUACGGUGAUAGCAUCUGUUGGGGACACAGUGGUCUGGAGAUGGCAGGCUCCAGCCUUUGUUCAGGACCUGGGCUACAGAGUGUUCAGCGUGGACAGUCCCAGCAGCACUGAGUUCGAUGGAGUGGCCUUCAACAGCGGAAAUUCCAAAACAGCCACUGGAUUCUUCAGUUAUUGUUUCACAGCUCCUGGUGUGUACUAUUACAGCAGUGGCUACAUUGACUCAGCAAACAGGACGAGCAUGCAGGGUGUGGUGAACGUCAGACCAUUAGAGGAGAGAAGUACUGAGCUAAACAUCACUGUAGCAGGGUUUCAGGCCAAACAGUAUCAAGGUUCAACACGUCUGAGCAGAUCAGCAUCUAUCUGUGUGGCCGCUCCUGAGUGCUCUGGCACUAACACAACCUCCAACAGCCAAGUCUUCAGUUUUGCCAGCUGUACCAGCCCUGUUGUCAAAUCCACCUCACCCAAUCAUGGCACGUAUCAUGACCCCAUCACCGUCCAAGGCUCUGGCUUUAGCAACAUCACCUGCGCCAAUGAGGUCAUGAUUGGAAACACCUUAUGCCAGGUCAUCAACAGCACCUCCACUACAAUUCAGUGCCUCCUCAGUCCUGACAGUGGAGCACCUGUGGGCAUACUUUUGCCUGUCCAAGUCCAGGUCAACAACCUGGGCACUGCCCUGCUCACAAUGCCAAGUGAGUCCGCCCGGUGUUUCGCAGUGGUGCCUGUAUUGGACUCAGUCUCACCAUCAAUGGGCAGCACGACCGGUCACACACGCCUCCUUCUUUCUGGCUCUGGUCUCACUGCAGGCACAGUCACAGUGGCUGGCUAUCCAUGUAUCACAGUGUCCAGGAAUUACACACACAUCAUAUGCGACACAUCUCCAUCCCCAGCUCAAAUUGGAAAUGUUGCUGUUCAAGUGGGUGGAAUUUCUUCACCCUGCAGUGCUGACUGUUCAUUUGAAUAUUCUGCCUCCCUGGUUCCAACAGUGUCUUCAAUUUCCCCCAGCUCUGUUAGUGGGAACCAAACAACUGUCUUAGUAUCUGGAAGUGGCUUUGGCAGCGAUCUUAAAGAUCUCAGGGUGUAUGCAGGCAACAUCAUAUUAGAAGUUAAAGAAGUCACGGACAGCAGGCUCACAUUGUCGGUUGGCCCUCUGCCCGCAGGACCUCAUACCCUGAAGGUGACUGUUAUGAGUAAAGGGCUAGCAUCUGGAAAUAAGACACUUACCAGCCAGGCACAAGCCAGUCUACAGCCCAGCUCUGGCAGCCUAGCAGGAGGAACACUGCUAACAAUCACAGGCAAUGGAUUUGCAGCAGGAAACACCAACGUGAUGCUGGGACCAUACCCAUGCACCAUAACGACUCUAACUCCUUCCAUGGUGACUUGUUUGACACAUGCCUUUAAAGAAACACAGGUACAGGUCAAUAUUAAGGUGUUUGGAGUGAAUUACCCACCACUAAGCUUCAACUAUACUCGCAGUCAAACUCCAAACAUCACCAUGGUUAGCCCUUCAACAGGUCCCAGUGGAACAGCGAUCACAGUCUCAGGUUCUGGUUUUGGCUCGGUCGCUGGUCUUGUUUCUGUGCUGAUAGAUGGUGCAGCAUGUAAUAUAUCAUCCAUUACGGAUACAACGAUCCAGUGCAUUGUGGGUGAACAUGCAGGAGGAAUGUUCCCAGUUUCACUGGAUCAUCAGGUCAAAGGUUAUGCUCUGACCCAGGCUAACUUCAGCUACGAGUUGCAACUGACACAAGUUGUGCCUAAUGAAGGAAGCUAUGGUGGAGGUGCAGUAGUCUCAGUCCAAGGUUCUGGGUUUGACCCUAAGUCCUCUCAAGUUCUGAUCUGUAAUAUAGAAUGCAGUAUCAACCAACAUGCAUCAAGUUCUACAAAUCUGUACUGCAAGGUUCCGCCCAAUAAUGGAACUCAGGCGGAGCUGUUAUGCCCAGUGGUAGUGCUGAAUAGGUAUGGAUCAGCCAACAUUACAAAAGGCUACGCGUAUAAAACCAGCCUAACGCCUGUUAUUCUGGAUGUGUCACCUCGCAGAGGAGGAACAGCUGGAGGCACUUUGCUUACAGUCACCGGCUAUGGUUUCAGUGGAGGGAACGUUAGUGUGAUAAUCGCAGGGUCGGUGUGUGAUGUCCAAUCAGCCAAUGAAACACAGGUCAUCUGUGUGACCAAUGCCCAGCCCAGGUCCCAGCAAACCAAGGUCUUACUGUGUGUUGGAAACAGAGGAAUGGCCCAGACGGAUAACGCUGACUUCUUUUACAUUGAUGUAUGGUCAUCUCGGUACACAUGGGGAGGUCAGUCACCCCCUGAAGCAGGCACGUUUGCUGUGAUCACUAAAGGCCAGACGAUCCUCCUGGAUGUCAGCACACCAGUACUGAAGAUGCUUCUCAUCCAAGGUGGAAAGUUGAUAUUCGAUGAAGCAGAUAUCGAGCUGCAGGCAGAGAACAUUCUCAUCACAGAUGGUGGAGCUCUUCAGAUUGGAACAGAGGACAAUCCAUUCCAGCACAAGGCCAUCAUCACACUGCAUGGCUAUCUUCGUGCUCCAGAACUCCCUGUCUAUGGGGCUAAAACCCUGGGGGUCAGAGAGGGCGUGCUGGACUUGCACGGUAUCCCAAUCCCUAUCACUUGGACUCGCCUUGCCCAAACUGCUAACAGUGGUUCCAGUACUCUCUCUUUGAUGGAUGCAGUUACCUGGAAAGUUGGAGAUGAAAUUGUCAUUGCCUCAACAGGUGGCAGGCACAGCCAGCAGCAGAAUGAAGUGAGGAAAAUUGCAUCUGUGUCAUCUGAUGGUCGAACCUUAACGCUGACCAGUCCUCUUAAUUACACCCACCUUGGGCUUGUUGUCACAUUACCUGAUGGCACAGUGUUUGAGGCAAGGGCUGAGAUUGGCGUGCUCACCAGGAACAUUGUUGUCCGUGGGUCCAAUAACAACGAAUGGAAUGAUAAAAUCCAGGCAUGUCCCGAUGGGUUUAAUACAGGAGAGUUUACCACCCAGACUUGUUUCCAAGGGAAAUUCGGGGAAGAAGCCGGAAGUAAUGAGUUCGGUGGCUGCAUUAUGUUCCAUGCACCUCAGCCUAAUGAAAACCUGGCUAUAGGAAGAAUUGAAUAUGUUGAGAUAUUCAAUGCUGGCCAGGCUUAUCGUCUGGGUCGCUACCCCAUCCACUGGCACAUGGUGGGAGACAUUAACUUCAAGUCUUACGUUCGUGGCUGUGCCAUCCACCAGACCUACAACCGUGCAGUCACCAUCCAUAACACGCACAGGUUGCUGGUGGAGCAUAAUGUCAUCUACAACAUAAUGGGAGGAGCCUUCUUCAUUGAGGAUGGCAUUGAGACUGGCAAUGUCCUGCAGUACAACCUGGCCGUGUUUGUUCGUCAGAGCACCAGCCUACUAAAUGAUGAUGUGACACCAGCUGGCUACUGGGUCACCAAUCCUAAUAAUACCAUCAGACACAAUACAGCUGCUGGAGGAACACACUUUGGCUUCUGGUACCGAAUGCAUGACCAUCCAGAUGGCCCAUCCUUUGACAGGAGCAUCUGCCAGAAGUUGGUGCCUCUGGGUGAGUUUUAUAACAAUACAGUCCACUCACAAGGCUGGUUUGGCCUGUGGAUCUUCCAGGAGUUCUUCCCCAAGAAGGAAGGAAAGUGCAGCUCUACUAUACCUGAGCCAGCCGUGUUUCGCAAACUCACCUCCUGGAACAACGAGAAGGGAGCAGAGUGGGUGAAUGUAGGAGCAGUGCAAUUCCAUGACUUUCUCAUGGUGAACAAUGAGUUGGCAGGAGUGGAAACUAAGCGCAUCCUCCAGGAACACGUGAGUGGAUGGGGGCUAGACUCUGGUGCUGGACUGGUCAACAGCACCUUAGUGGGUCACGUCGACGAGCUUGGCCUGGGUACAGAUUACUGUACCAGCCAUGGGGUUGUUCUGCCCCUGGACGAUGGUAUGAGUGUCCUCAACACCAAAUUUAUUAACUUUGACCGGACAAGUUGUGCUGCAGUUGGGGUAACCACUAUCCAAGGAACAAGUGACGAGUUCUCUGGGGGCUGGACUGUCAGAUUCAGUGGAAUCCAAUAUUAUCAGUCACCCAACAAGGCUACCUUUAGAUGGGAACAUGAAGUUGUUCUGGUGGAUGUUGAUGGAUCACUGACAGGUAAUCCUGACUACAAGAUCGUGCCAAAGAGUAACCUGCUGGAUCCAGUUCACUGUUCUGACAAUGCUUCAUGGAGCAUAGGCUUCCCUGGAACAGUGUGUGAUAACACAAUAAGCUUCCACCGACUGGGGGUUCAUUCCUCGUUACCCUCCUCACUUUGGUUUAAGGAUCUCAUACUCACCAAUACAUAUGGGUCAAGCGUCGUUCCUUUUGUUGAUAAAUUGGUUACCCAUCACAGUGGUUGGAUGGCUCUGCUUCCUUCUGACCAAACCUACAACUGGUACUUUCACAAUACUUUGCAAAUUAGCAACAUCUCGUACAGCGCAGUGUUCUAUGGCUUCAAGUCUCAGGAUUAUGUGAUUGUAAAUCACAAUCUGACUCAGAGUCCUGACCAGGUGUCUGUGGUGGACAAUAGAAACGGUUCAGCCAAUCCCCUGAAUGCUACAAUGAAUAUAAAUGGAGACUGGUAUAUGGACAAGUCAUCCAACAACCUCUACUACAUUGUGUCAAGCAAAACAACUACUGCUAAUAGAAAGCGGAGGAAUAGCGUGGACAGAUCGACCACAGACAUUUCAGUGACAUUCAAAGCCUAUAACUGCUUCUUCCCCAACUGUGUACCACCACCACCAGUCACUGCCACGCCACUGCCCAGCCACCGACCUGCCGACUUCAUAACUUGGUCCAAUCAGUCAUUUUGGCAGUCAUCUGCAGAGAACAACUUCAUUGUACCACAAGAAGGUGCCAAUGUUGUAAUUCCCUCAGGCAGGUGGGUGGUUUUAGACACCCCUAUUCCAUCUUUAAAUAACCUCACAGUGAUGGGAGUCCUGGAAAUUCCAGACAACAUGGCCAUUGCAUCCAACCGCACCACUCGCAGUCUUCCAAAGAAUAGCAGCAUUGUCCUCAAUGCUACUUACAUCUCCAUCCAGGGAGGGCGUUUGAUUGCUGGAUGGCCUGAUCAGCCCUUCAGUGGACAACUGCAAAUCAUUCUGAGGGGAAACCAUCACACACCUGAAUGGCCUCUGCCUAAUGGACAAAACCAAGGAUCUAAAGUGCUGGGUGUGUUUGGUGCUCUUGACCUCUAUGGAAUGCCACACAAAGUUUAUUGCACUAAACUGGCCAGCACUGCUAUAGCUGGCUCCAGCUCUCUAUCACUUCAGGAGCCUGUAGACUGGCAGGUAGGGGAUAAAAUCGUGCUGUCCACCACCAGUUAUGAUCCAUGGCAGACAGAGAUCCGCACUAUAUCGGCAGUCUCCAACAAUGGCUUCACACUGACUGUGGAUCAGCCACUCACUUACACACACAUUGCGGAGAACUACACAGUGCCAGGAACAUCCAAGAGCUACAAGCUGGCUGGUGAUGUGGGUCUGCUGACCAGGAAUAUUAAGAUCAUUGGAGCAGAUUACCCAGACCUUUCCAGUGAAUCAUUUGGAGCCAGAGUGCUAGUGGGAUCCUUCUCUGCAGGAGGAAUCGACUAUAGAGGAAAGGCCCAGAUUAGGGAUGUGGAGUUUUACCACACUGGUCAGGAGGGAUGGACAGACAACACAGAUCCUCGCUACUCUGUGGCUUUCCUCAACCUGGGAGUGGUGAGUCAGAAUGAUUCUUACAUUAAAGGAUGUGCCUUUCACCAUGGCUUUUCCCCUGCAAUCGGGAUUUUUGGAACAGAUGGACUGCACGUUGAUGACAACGUCAUUCAUCACACUGUAGGAGAAGGAAUCAGGGUCUGGGGCAAUAACGUCACACUCCGGAGGAAUCUGGUUACACUGACACUCUGGCCAGGAUCAUACAAUGGAAGAAAAGAGAUCAUGAAUAUCAACUGGCCUGCAGCUAUUGAGGCUAACAUGGGCACGAAUGUAGUUCUUCAAGGGAACACUGUUGCUGGGUAUGAAAGAGUCGGAUUUCGAAUCAAUGGAGAACCAUGUCCAGGAGCUUUGAAUCCAGUGGCUCAGUGGCAGCAGAACGAGGCUCAUGGUGGUCUGUUUGGAGUCUAUAUGAAUAAAGAUGGACUUGCUGACUGUUCUCAAAUCCAGGGAUUUACCAUUUGGAAAAGUUUCGAUUAUGGCAUUUACUUCCAGGUGUACAUGAGUGUCGUGAUUUCUAAUGUGACCCUUGUUGACAAUGGCAUGGGCAUCAUACCAUUAGUCUAUGAGCCCCCAUCGAUCACUCAUGCAUACUCAGAUAAAACUGUCCGAGUGCAGGAUUCCUUAAUUGUUGGCAGUAGCCCCAACUUCAACUGCACUGACACUCUGUCUAUGAAUGAUACCAACAUGGCUCUCAGUGAAGGACAGAGGGCAACCCGGCCUCUUAAUGGUGGCAGGACUGGAAUAUCUUGGCCAACAUUUGAAUCUAAUCACAAUAAAGCUCCACUGAAGCCCUUUGAUGGACUCAUGAGCUACAACACAAUUAGUGGACUCCUGACUGUCACAAAUACCACAUUUGUUGGGUUUAGGAAUGUGUGCUCAAGCGAAACGAAUUACAUGUUUUUCACCAAUCCGAACAAUGAAGACCUGCAACACCCCAUCAGUGUUCAGGGGAUCACAAAGAGUAACAGCACAGAGGAGGCUCAAGUGUUCAUUCAUUAUCCAAAUGUGGGCAAAGUUAACCCAUCUGACUGCGUGGACAUGGACUGUGACGCUAAGAAGAAGACCAUGCUAAAGGACCUGGAUGGUAGUUUCCUGGGAGCAGUGGGGACAGUGAUUCCUUUCUCUGAGUAUCAGUGGGAUGGGGAUGCCCGACACGGGGUGGGAGACUAUCGCAUCCCCAAAGUCAUGCUCACUUACCUCAAUGGCAGCCGUAUCCCUGUGGAUAACAUAGCCCCAUACAAAGGUGUGAUCCGGGACUCAACCUGCACAUUUAUGAGCACCUGGCAGGCUUACAAGUGCUUUGGGAUGAACUAUAGGAUGCUAGUGAUCGAGAGUCUGGAUUCAGACACUGAAACCAGACGUCUGUCCCCUGUAGCUGUGCUCGGAGAUGGCUAUGUUGACCUGCUGAAUGGCCCACAGGACCAUGGCUGGUGUGCUGGUUAUACAUGUCAGAAGAGAUUAUCCCUCUUCCACAGCAUUGUGGCCACAAACAAAUCCUUUGACAUCUAUUUCACUGGUGUAUCCCCCCAAAAACUAAGGCUCAUGAUGCUCAAUACUCCACCCACUGAGACUGUCAAAGUGGCUGUAUUUUACUCAAAACCUCAGCGUUUGGAUAUCUAUGUGAAUGAUCAACUGGUUCCUCCAAAUAAUGCUCAGUGGAAUGCGGACAAAACCGACUACACUUUGCUUAAACCUACUUAUCCUGGACAAUUCAUCCCCACACUUAAUGGCAUGCACGGCUCCAAUUUCUUCGAUCCUGAUUAUAAAAUGAUGCAUGUCCUCCUCCGAGGCUCUACCCCUGUCCAGAUCACUACAUCUCCAGUGCUGUUCAUCUCCUUCAACCUCCCAACCAUGACAGAGGAUGAGUUCUUUGGGGACAAGCUGGUCACCAACCUGGCUGUGUUCUUGAAGGUUCCUCCCAACAUGAUCCGCAUCACCAAUAUUGUCCGGGAGGAUGGCAGGGCACGGAGGCGGAAACGCGCCACUGGGAUAACAGUGGAAGUGGAGAUCAAACAACCUCCCAACAACCAGACAUCUGCCAAUAGCACAAAUGACUCGGAUCAGUUCGCAGUAUUGCAGACUAUUGCUGACACUCUGGGCCAGGCUGCUGUCUCGGGCAAUCUGAGUGAUUCCAUUGGUUUCAACGUGACCUCACUGGGUUUCAUUCUUCCAUCUCCACCAUCUAGUGAUCCAACCUGGAGCCAGGUGGCAAGUCAAGAGGUGACACGUGAGGAUUCAUCAGUGCAGACAGUGAGCAGUGUGUCUACUCUACUGGUGAUGGUGGAGCCAGUGGCAGGGUUUUACCCUGGACCCCUCAGUGUGCAGCCUAGAAUCAUGGCUGUAGACCAGCAGGGUUACUGUGUAUCAGUUGGGGUGACAACUCUAAUGAUUUCAGCCACGCUUAAAGACGCUCAGGGAAACCCAGUAGACGGCUUGUACGGAAACACAACCAUCCCCUUUAAAAGUUGCUGGGCAAAUUACACCGACCUGGCCAUUGAUACUGCUGGGAUAAACAUGACACUGGCUUUCACUCUGAACGAGUGGGUCACACAGUCCAGAUCCUUCAUUGUCAACUUUCCAGCCACAGAGUCCACCAACAACGACUACUACAACAGCAUCUUUGACUCCAGUCCUGCUGUCACAAUACACACUGUGUAUAUAAUAAUGCUACUGAGUGUUCUGCAUCUAAUCUACAUUGUGGUUUUAGAAAACAAAUGAAGGAAAUACCUAACUCUGUGAUAAAUACCUUGAUGACAACUGUUCUUUCAGAAAAUGUUAAAAUAUUUCUAUAGAUAAUCAUUAAUAUCUGUGGACUACUGUAUUUUUAAUCCAUUAAUCU